ACAAAUAUUUCAUUAAUUAAAACUGCAAAAUAUGAUCAAUAAAACUAAACCAUUUUUGUUGUGUUUUACAUUUUAAUGCAAAUAUUUGGUCUAAAGAGUAUCGCUAGCUAUCUCACAUAAUCGAUAUUUCGCCGCUAGAGACUGCAAAAUUCGUGUGCAAACGCAUACAAGAAAAAAUAAAAAUACAAAAAAGAUGAGUAGUGAAUGUAAAUACGAUGCAAAACACUUGGAAGACAAGCUGAGAGCGAGAUUUGAACCAAGCCAUGUAGAAGUAACCGACGAUUCUGACGGAUGUGGUGCUAAAUUCAGCGUUAUCAUAGUGUCUAAAGAAUUUGUGGGACAAUCAUUGCUAAAAAAACACAGAUUGGUAAACCAAUCGCUUGCUGAAGAACUAAAGUCAAUUCACGCUUUCUCACAAAAGGCAUACACCCCCGAAGAGUGGGAGAAAGUGCAGCAACAACAACAGUAAUAACAACAACUCAACAGCAAUACUAAUAACAGCAACAACUACUACAAGAGCAACAUUUGCCGUAACCUGUUGAUGUCGUAGCGACCGAAACUGAAACCGAAACCUGUACAUAUGUAUGUUUGCAUGUAUGUAUGUAUGUAAAAGCAACCAACAACAAAAACAACA